UCCUCCUCCCUCCCCUGUGCUGCUCCGCAUCAGCAGCAACCCCUCUUAAACCCCCCCGCCCUCAGGCUCGCGCGAGCUCGAUCGGAGAAGCGAGAAGCUCGCUCGCCGGCAGGCAGGUCCAUGGGAGAGGCCGUCACCGCCGCGGAGCUGCUCUACGGCAUGCCGCUGCUUCGGUCGGUGACCGGCGGCGACGGGGGCGGCGCGGAGCCUGGCGGCUGCGGCGCGCUGCUCGCGGAGCUCAAGCAACUGUGGGGGGAGAUCGGGAAGAGCCGGGAGGAGCGGGAGCGGAUGGUGCGGGACCUGGAGGCCGAGUGCAUGCGCGUGUACCGCCGCAAGGUCGACGAGGCCACAGGCGAGCGGGCGCUGCUGCACCAGUCGCUCGCCGCGGGGGAGGCCGAGAUCGCCGCGCUCACCGCCGCGCUCGGCGCCGAAAACAGCCCGCAGCUCAAGGUGAACAAAUGGACCAUGUCGUUGACCGAGCGGGUGUCGUCGGCGACGUCCCUGCUGGAAGAACUGAGGACGAUAAGAGCAGAACGGAGCAGACAGUUCGCUGACAUCAAGUGGGAAAUCGAGAAGAUCAGCGCUGAAAUCGCAGGGAGAAGCUACGGCUACGAGGGCUCCCCCAGGGCCAGCGAGGUGGAGGAACAUGACCUGACGAUCAGGAGGCUGAACGAGUACAAGGCACGCCUGACAAAUCUGCAGAAAGAGAAGUCGGAUCGGCUCCACAGGGUCCUGGAGCAAGUCACGGAGGUGCACUCCCUGUGCGACGUGCUCGGCGAGGACUUCAUCGCCAUCGUGAACGAGGUCCACCCGGGGCUGCACGAGACGGCCGACCCCGGCAAGCCCACCAGCAUCAGCGACAGCACGCUGGGCAGCCUCGCCCAGGUCGUGGCGAUGCUCGCGUCCGAGAAGGCCAAGCGGGCAGCCAUGCUGCGAGAGGCCGUGGUGCCGCUGGUGGAGCUGUGGGAGCUGAUGGACUCGCCGGAGGAGGAGCGGCGGGGCUUCAGGAAGGUGACGGCCGUUCUGAACCCUGACAAGGACGAGGCCCUGUCCUCCGGUGUCCUGUCAGUAGCAACCAUAAACAAGACGGAGGAGGAGGUGGAGAGGCUGACGAGGCUCAAGGCCGGCCGGAUGAAGGAGCUGGUGCUCAAGAGGCGGCUGGAGCUGGAGAACAUCUGCCGCAGCAUGCACGUGGAGCCCGAUGCGAGCACCGUGCCGGAGAAGUCCAUUGCGCUGAUCGAUUCCGGCCUCGUGAAUCCUUCAGAGCUCAUGGCCAGCAUCGACGAUCAGAUCGCGAAGGCCAGGGAAGAGCUCCAGUCCAGGAAAGACAUCAUGGACAGGAUAAACAAGUGGCUGUUGGCUUGCGAGGAGGAGCAAUGGCUCGAGGAGUACAACAUGGAUGAGAACAGGUUCAGUACUGGCAGAAUCGCGCGGCUCAACUUGAAACGCGCCGAGAAAGCAAGGCUUAUCAUCACCAAGAUCCCAGCCAUCGUUGACAACCUGAUGAGCCGAACACUCGCGUGGGAGAGCGAGAGGAAGAAGCCGUUCCUGUACGACGGGGCUCGCCUGGUGGCCGUCCUGGAGGAGCACAAGCAAGCCAGGCUGAGGCAGGAGGAGGAGAGGCGGCGGCUCAGGGAGCAGAAGAAGCUUCGCACCCUGCUGAGCGAGAAGGAGGCGAUGCCGCACCUGAAGCGGCCCGGCAGCAGCUUCGGCCGGGGCUGCGCCGAGCCCUGCGCCGUCAACCGGAAGCGGGUGGACGCGGCCAGGCCCGCGCCGUCCGUGCGCAGCGGCGCGUCCUCCAGCGGCAGCGGCAGCAGCGGCGGUGGCGCAGCCGAGCUCCUGAGGCCCCGGUCCUCGGCGGCAGGGGCGGGAGCUGGGCACUGCGGCGAGUUCCUCAAGGGUGCGAGGCGGCUCUCCGGGCCGCCGUUCAGCUACGCAGCCGUGCCCAAGGGCGGCGGCGGCAUGUCCUCGUCGCUGGCGCUGUCUUGAACUGAUCGCAGGUCGAAAACGAGUGCUGCUAUAGUAGCAACACGGUCGUGUACAUACUAGUACUACCUGUAGCAGUGCUGCAUACAGAGAUGAUUCUUUUUGGAAGGGCUAUCAACCUGUCAAUAGCCGUGCUGGAAAAAUCGUUUGCUAUUCA